UUGUGUAGGGUAAAUAGUUAAGAGUGCCCCAUGCUCUUUAUAAUUAAGCGAAAAAGAGUUCAAUCUGACAGAAAAAAUAAAAAAAAAAUCAGUCUGCAACAAUUUUUCCACAUUUAGCACACGGAAGUAGAAAUCGGUGCAGGAAUGUGAAUGUUUUUUUUUGUCAAUUAUUACCAAAGUUGUGUGUAAAGUAAACAGACAGACAGAGUCCCGUGCUCUUCAAAAUGAAGAAAAGAAUCAAUAAAUCUGAAAGAAAAUUUCAGUCUGCAGGAGGAUUGCAACGAUCCAGUCAGAAACCUAAGGGUUUAAACGUGCAUGCAAGAUCCCAGUGGCGAUGGACUUGGACUAAAAUGACACUUCUUUCUCUCGGCAUCCUCUCUGCGUCUGUACCAUUUCUUCUGCAUCUCUUGUCUGACUCUAUUGACCUCAGCCGACCAUCGGAUAUUGGUCUCAAUCACACUUUAAAUAUCUACCUCAAACCCGAAGAGGGGGUGAAAGUGGGCGUGUGGCACACUGUACCUGAACAUAGAUGGAAGGAGGCGCAGGGAAAGGAUCUAGACUGGUAUGAGAAAGCUCUGGGGGACGGAUCACCUAUUUUCAUCUACCUCCAUGGCAACAAGGGUAACAGAUCUGCACUUCAUCGAAUUGGAAUUGCAAAUGUUUUGAGUGCUGUUGGAAUUCACGUUUUGGCGCUGGACUACAGAGGUUUUGGGGACUCCACUGGUGAGCCUACAGAGGCUGGUCUGUGUACUGAUGUCUUAUACUUGUACCACUGGGUUAAGGCACGCAGUGGAAACAGCCUGGUGUGUGUGUGGGGUCACUCGCUUGGUAGUGGUGUUGCGACUACCACUGCAGUGAAAUUACUAGAACAAGGAAAACAGUUUGAUGGAAUAAUACUCGAAGGUGCAUUCCUAAAUGCGAGGAUGGAAACUAAUAAACUUACUGAACACCCUUUUACCUGGUUUUAUUGGAAGUUCCCAUACAUUCAGUACUUCUUGUUCAAUCCACUGAAAAACAAAGAUUUGAAUCUUCCAAAUCAUGAGAAUUUGCAAAAAAUUCGAACUCCCCUUAUGAUUCUCCAUGCUGAAGAUGACCAUUUAGUGCCCUUUGCCUCAGCUCAAGAGCUCUUCAGAACUGCAAAAAAGGCCCAAAACUCAGAUGAGCGUGUCAAGCUGGUACCAUUUGAUGCAUCACUUGGAUAUCUUCAUAAUGGGUUGUAUAAAGACCCUGGUCUGCCAAAUAUCAUAAGGGAGUUUGUGCAGUCACUGAUGACAUGAUACACACAGAGAAGGAGGAGGAUUUGCACGCAUACUAAUAACUGUCUAAAUAGCUGUACAACUGGUGCUAUAACUGUAUAUUUAGUAAUUAAACCAGUAUGCACUUCUUGGAUAUAAAACAUUGUAAUGUCUGAAGUAAAUUUUACAGAAUUGCCCCCAGGGUGAAUUUAUUGUCUUGUUAAUAUUUGUAACAUUCAUUUCUUUUAAGACUGCAGUUAAUCAUUUUUCACAAUGCAUAAUAAAAUCAGUUGUAUAGAUUCUU